CUGGGACAGAUUGACCCAAAUCUGCAAAGUAAAUCAAACAAACUGAGUUUAGAAAGCUGUUCUCUGGUAAUAAGGAAUGUCUCAGUGGAGGAUGCUGGUCGUUAUCAAUGCCAACAAUACAAAUCUGGAACCAAACCAGAUCAUCACAUCCUGGUUCAUCGGUCUGGAGUUGAUGUGUCUGUUGUCCACAUAACUAAACAAAAGGUUACAGAUAAAGCGACAUUAACUUGUUCUGUGAAGACAAAUGGACGGUGUGAUUACAAAGUGAAGUGGCUGCAUAACUGUCCUGCUGGAGCUACAGAUGUGAAACAAUGUGAGUCAAAACAGCCUGACUGCUCUGCUGCAGUUUGUUUUAUUGGGCAGUCCUACAUGGAGGGGUGUAAGUUCAAGUGUGAAGUCACACAUGGUGGAACCAGACAGCUCUUCAACUUCAGCGAUCCGUCUCUGGAAAACAAAUCAGUUGAAACAAAAGCUGAAACCACAUGCAGCCCAACCAGAGAAAUAGAAGGAAGCAGAGAGCCAGGUAAAACCAUAACAGACUCAUCAUCUAAUGGAGGAGUUCCAUACAUUUCUACAGCAGUAGUUGUGGUCAUCAUCUUAAUAGGUGCUGGGGUCGUCAUUGGAUGGAGAACCAAACGAAACAAACGGCGGGUGCAUUAUAAUGCUGAUCAGAAUGUGAAUCCUCCAGCGUCUCCCACUGGUGGGGAAUCCAGUUAUGCGACGCUUAAUCCUGAAGAUGUCCACUAUGCCACCAUUGGUGAAGCUCAAGUUGCUGGUGACGAGGACACGGUGACCUACAGCACUGUUGGAGCUCCUCUUAUGUCUGUUGCAGCCUCUUCUCCUGACAACUCCCAUGCUGUCAUCUACUCCCAAGUCAGAGAGGUUCAAAGAAAACCUUAACAAGUGAUGGUUUGUGUUAAAUUGAUGGCUAUGAAUGAGUAAAGGAAAAAUAUUAUCACAGUUUUAUUUCAGCUUGCUAAAUUGAGCCUAAAGCAGGCAUCCCCAAAGUCGGUCCUCGAGGGCCGCUGUUUGCAGGUUUUCCAACAGGUACCCGUAUAAAAUGUACAGCUAUGGCUAGAAAAAAAACCCCUGUGUGAUUUCACGGGUAUCAUAAGUUACAGCAUAAAUAAAUUUUAUUUUUUAUGUUUUAUAGUGGGGAAGUUUUGGCCUAGUGGGGUAGAGCAGUGCGCUUGAGCUGUGAGAAGGUUGCAAAUAGCCGGUUUGAUCCCCUCAUUCUCCACUCUGGCUCCCUGAGCAAGACCCUUAACCCCACACUGCUCCCUGGGCGCCACACAAUGGCAGCUCACUGCUCUCC